AUGGCCGAAGCCCCACACCAUCAUCAGCAUCACCAUGGUCACGGUGCCGCUCAAAGCCACCCUCCCGACAAUGAGGCGUUCACUGAAGCAAAUCGCGCACACUGGAAUGACUUUGCCUCAAAAUACACAUCAGAACCAUGGCAACGGGAUCUUCUCAAUAAGGUGACGGCAUUCAUUCACCAGCAUGUAAACUGGAUUGGUGUGGACUUUAUCGACCCAUCAACUACCUUCGAGACCCAAUCCGACACGAAACAACAGAUCCGGGUCCUAGACUACGCAUGCGGACCAGGAACCAUCACGCAUGCCCUCGCCGCUCGUGCAACGGAGUACACUGGUAUCGACCUAAGCGAGAACAUGGUCAAGGCUUAUAACGUGCGUUUUAAUCCCCACCCUGCCAACAAGGCUGGCAACACGUCGUCCUCAGCGGACGAAGCCGCGGGACUGGACGACCAACUCGACGAAACACUGGCCGCCCACGCCGUGGUCGGCAAUCUUCUCGACUCAAAGGACCCAUCCCCAUCACACCUGUCUUCUCCAGAAUUCUUCAACUUCGACCUCGUCGCCGUGGGGCUGGGGUACCACCAUUUCCAAGACAUCCAGCUUGCCACGAAAAGGCUCGUUGAGCGGUUGCGGCCGGGCGGGAUCUUUCUGAUUCUGGAUUUCGUGACGCAUGCCAUGGAGGAAAGUUCGGAUCCCACGAAGCAGUCUGUCAAGAACACAGUGGCCCACGCCGGGUUUAGCGAGGAGGAAUUGAGGAGCUAUUUCGAGCAGGCCGGGUUGACGGAUUUUGCGAUUGUCAAGAUGGAUGGUGAGGUGUUGCUUAGGGGUGAAGCGAAGAGAAGGCCGUUCCUGGCUAGAGGUCGAAAGCAUUAG